UGAUCAUUUCGGCUUGAAAGAAAGAAAGGGUAGAAAAAAAAAAACACCAUGGGAGAGGAGGUGAGUUUGACGGAAACUGAAAUAGCCAUGAGUAUUCCACACUUUGUGCUGGUGCAUGGUAUUAGUGGAGGAGCUUGGUGCUGGUACAAAAUCAGGUGCCUCAUGGAGAAUUCCGGCUACAAGGUCUCAUGCAUCGACCUCAAAGGUGCUGGGAUUGAUCAGUCCGAUGCCAAUUCUAUUCUAUCUUUUGAUGAUUAUAACAAGCCUCUUUUGGACUUCAUGUCUGCCUUGCCUGAUACUGAACAGGUAAUAUUGGUAGGACAUAGUGCUGGAGGCUUAAGUGUAACGCAGGCCACUCACAAAUUCUCCAAGAAAAUCCGCCUGGCUGUAUAUGUUGCAGCCACCAUGCUAAAACUGGGGUACUUGACUGAUCAGGAUAUCAAAGAUGGAGUACCUGAUUUAUCCGAGUUUGGUGACGUGUACGAAUUAGGAUUCGGAUUGGGACCUGGGCAGCCUCCAACCAGUGCCAUUGUCAAAAAGGAAUUCCAGCGCAAAAUCAUCUAUCAAAUGAGCCCUCAAGAGGAUUCAACUCUAGCCACAAUGCUUCUAAGGCCAGGACCGAUCCUGGCAUUGCAGGGUGCCCAAUUCACAGAAGAGACAGAGAAUGCGUAUAAUGUGCCCCGGGUAUACAUCAAGACAAUGCAUGACAAUGUUAUAAAACCAGAUCAACAGGACGCAAUGAUAAAGAGAUGGCCACCAUCUGAAGUCCAUGUUUUGGACUGUGACCACAGCCCCUUUUUCUCUGCCCCAUUUUUACUCUUUGGCUUGCUGGUUAAACUUGCAGCUUCAGCUGGAUACAACCAGGCAAAAAAUCUAUGCAUCUCCAGGGCCGCAUGAUUGAGAGUCUCAAAGCAUUCUUGUUUCCAACAUAGAAUUAUUUGUUUGUUGUUUCCUAGAGUGUGAAAUGUAAUCACAGUUACCUGCCUGUCCUGAUGAAUAAGAUUACUUGUGAAAUUAUGCACAUUCAGCUAAGCUGACCAAAAUGUCUGCACAAGUAGAU